CCACCCCCACCCUCUCUCUCUCUGGGUUUCCUCCAUUGCAAACCAAGCUAAGCUUUCUAGCCACUUUUGAGGCCCAUCUCUGCCCCACAUUUCACUCCACCAUACCAAAUCUUAUAACCCGUGUUAGUCUUUUAGCCUUUCUGUGUCUCUCUACCCAGUUCCCCGUAAAACGAUUAGACUGUGGUCUGGCCGUGUUUGGGAGCUUUGAUUUUUUAAUCGAUUUUGUAUGACAUUCGCCUAUAUCCAGUUCUGCUUCCUUACAACUCGCCUGCACUAACGGGGGCCGCUCUGUCUUUGGGGCUUUUGUGGCUUCACGGCUUGUGUAUUUCAUCUCUGCAUUGGCUAUGCUGGUUGAGUCUCUGCUGAAAAAAGAGGCCUUUUUCCUCCACUCAUUUGGCUUCUUAAAGAAGAAGAUUGAAGAAAUUAGGGAUUCAAGCGAGAAAUGGAGUGAAUCUGGGCUCAAAACUUAGGCUUGAUAUCGACAAAUUUUUCAUUCACUUAUCAGUUUGCUGAAAAUGCCAUCGGGGAAUUUAAAUGCUGCACUAUCAAAGAAGACAUCUUGUUUUGGUUUAAAACUAUGGGUUGUCAUUGGCAUAAGUGUUGGUGUGUUCUUUGUUGGGAUUCUAUGUCUUUUGUCUGUAUGGAUCACAUUUCAGAGAAAAUCAAGAAGAAAGCAUGACACUUAUUUGCCUUUUGUUAUACCAAACGUCUCAAAGGAUAUCAAGAUGGACCAAGUUGGCACUGGAAAUGUACACGAACAGCCUGAAAGUGUAUUCCUGACUAUCCGUGAUAAGUCAAGUGAGAAGAAGUCAGAGAAACUGAUUUCUUAUUUAGAUAGGAGUAAAUCAAGUGAUGGUGAUAAUAUCAGUCAAGGUAGUUCAAUUUACCAUCACGAAAGGGGACUUAGUUCCCAAUCUGGAGAGGAAGGUGGUUCUGGAACUGUUAGAAGGUUGUCUUGCUAUGGACUUCCUAUGGCAUCUCCUUUGGUUGGCUUGCCCGAGUUUUCACAUCUUGGGUGGGGCCACUGGUUCACACUAAGAGAUCUUGAGCUUGCAACAAAUCGUUUUUCUGCAGAGAAUGUGAUUGGAGAAGGAGGGUAUGGAGUUGUUUAUAAAGGUACAUUGGUUAAUGGAACUGAAGUUGCAGUGAAGAAGCUCCUUAACAAUCUUGGACAAGCAGAGAAAGAAUUCAGAGUUGAAGUGGAGGCUAUUGGUCAUGUUCGACACAAAAAUCUUGUUCGUCUUCUUGGUUACUGCAUAGAAGGUGUCCAUAGGAUGCUGGUGUACGAGUAUGUUAACAAUGGGAACUUGGAGCAGUGGCUUCAUGGAGGCAUGAGACAAUAUGGUACCAUUACUUGGGAAGCUCGUAUGAAAGUUCUUCUCGGUACUGCUAAGGCGCUUGCAUACCUACAUGAGGCUAUAGAACCUAAAGUUGUUCACAGGGACAUAAAAUCGAGCAAUAUUCUUAUUGAUGACACCUUUAACUCCAAGGUUUCUGAUUUUGGACUUGCAAAGCUCUUGGAUUCUGGAGAAAGUCACAUAACAACAAGAGUUAUGGGAACAUUUGGCUAUGUGGCUCCAGAAUAUGCAAAUACAGGAAUGUUGAAUGAAAAGAGUGACAUCUACAGUUUUGGUGUCUUAGUACUUGAAGCAGUUACCGGAAGAGACCCUGUGGACUAUAGUCGCCCUACUAAUGAGGUGAAUCUUGUUGAGUGGCUCAAAAUGAUGGUGGGACAGCGGAGAUCGGAGGAAGUUGUGGAUCCUAACCUUGAAGUGAAACCUAGCACUCGCUGUCUUAAACGCGCACUUCUGGUGGCGCUUAGAUGUGUAGAGCCUGACUCUGAAAAGCGGCCUAAAAUGAGUCAGGUUGUUCGCAUGCUUGAAGCAGAUGAAUACCCUUACCGCAGUGAGGACCGUCGGAACAGAAGAGACUCAAUGACAGGAAGCAUCGGAAAUGAUUCGGUGAAGGACGAUGGCUGUUCAACAGAUGUGAGGAGCUUAGAUAGUGACAUUCGCCAUGGAUAACAUGUGACAGAAACAAGGCAUCUCCUGGUGGCUCCACCCCUUCAAGAUCUAGUAGGCGUCCUUUUCAAUGCUUUGAUUUGAAGAUUAUGAGAGAUUCCUGCGUUGACAGAUGACCGCAAUGUUGUUGUUCAAGGCUGUUCCUUAAUUUGAACGUAGCUCUCGUAAUCUCCGUUCAAUGGGCUUCCAGAAUUUGAAGAUAUUGAUGUUAUUGUAGGAGAUGAAGUUAAAACAUCAGGAUCAUUACUGUACAGUUUAAUUAUUGUGUUUUUCUGUGCUUUUAUUAAUACAUGAUGAUGAGCAUCAGAUCUUUCUAUUUUAUCUCUUCAUUUUAUCCAAUGCUACAAAUCCCUUAAAUUUAGAGUAUGUUCGAUAAAAUUGAGAUUGUCUAAAUCGAUUAAAUAUGAGGGUGUUUGGAAUUGAUUUGCU